UCCCCGGCUCCUCGGGGGUCUCCUGUUUUCCGCUUCUCCCCACUGAGCUGCUGCCUGGUGAAGAGGAAGCCAUGGCGCUCCGGGUCACCAGGAACACGAAAAUUAAUGCUGAAAAUAAGGCGAAGAUUAGUAUUGCAGGCGCAAAGCGCGUGCCUCUAGCCACUGCUGCAGCCUCGAAGGCUGGACUGAGGCCCAGAACAGCUCUUGGUGACAUCGCUAACAACGUCAGUGAACAGCCACAGGCCAAACUGCCUCUGAAAAAGGAGGCAAAAACUUUAGCUGCUGGAAAAGUUAUUGCCAAAAAACUACCAAAACCUCUGGAAAAGGCUCCUGAGCCUGUGCCUGUGCUGGAACCGGCACCGGAGCCAGAACCUGAGCCUGUUAAAGAAGAAAAACUUUCGCCUGAGCCUAUUUUGGUUGAUACUCCCUCUCCAAGCCCAAUGGAAACAUCUGGCUGUGCCCCUGCAGAAGAAUAUUUGUGUCAGGCUUUCUCUGAUGUAAUUCUUGCAGUGAAUGAUGUGGAUGCAGAAGAUGGAACUGAUCCAAACCUUUGUAGUGAAUAUGUGAAAGAUAUCUAUGCUUAUCUGAGACAGCUUGAGGAAGAGCAAGCAGUCAGACCAAAAUACUUAUUGGGUCGUGAAGUCACUGGAAACAUGAGAGCCAUCCUAAUUGAUUGGCUGGUACAGGUUCAAAUGAAAUUCAGAUUACUGCAGGAGACCAUGUACAUGACUGUUUCCAUUAUUGAUCGGUUCAUGCAGAAUAAUUCUGUGCCCAAGAAGAUGCUGCAGCUGGUUGGUGUUACUGCCAUGUUUAUUGCAAGCAAAUAUGAAGAAAUGUACCCUCCAGAAAUCGGUGACUUUGCCUUUGUGACUGACAACACUUACACUAAGCUCCAAAUAAGACAGAUGGAAAUGAAGAUUCUGAGAGCUUUAAAUUUUUGCCUGGGUCGUCCUCUACCCCUGCAUUUCCUUCGGAGAGCAUCCAAGAUUGGAGAGACACCAGUUCUACAGCAUUACCUGUCAUACACUGAAGAAUCCCUUCGUCUUGUUAUGCAACACCUCGCUAAGAAUAUAGUCAUCAUGAAUAGUGGGCUUACAAAGCACAUGACUAUCAAGAACAAGUACGCCACAUCUAAGCAUGCUAAGAUCAGCACUCUAGCACAGCUGAAUUCUGCACUAAUUCAAGAUUUAGCUAAGGCUGUGGCAAAGGUGUAACUUGUAAACUGGAGUCGGAGAACUGUGAUAGCUGCAAAUACGAUUGGCACCAUGUGCUAUCUGUAUAUAUUAUAUGUUACAUUUACUUACUUUUAAUAAAGCUGUGGUCCUUUUUACUUCUUAUACUUUAAUUCAUUUGAAUGUGACUUCUUCCUACUCUGGGGAACCUUAACAGGUGUAUUAAAGAUAUGAUGGGGGAUAUAGAAUAGAAAAAGUGAUUUCAGUUAACCUGCGGACCCAAGUAAUAUAUAUAAUUGUUGCUUAUGUGGUUUUUUAUUUAUGUACCUGGCUUUUAUUUUAUUAAUAUAAAUUACUGAGGUCAUGAAGGCAUUCAAAACUCUUACUUCCAUAAGGCAUGUAAGCCCAGUGAUCUUAGAGAAUCUGCCAUCUCAUCUCUGGUCCCUCUGUUUUUUGUUUCUUCUGGUGGUUGCUGACAGUAAUUCUAAUAAUCUACUUUUACCACUAUUUCUUAAAUUACCAAAUUUAGUAUCAACUUUUUAACUUAGACAAAUAAGAACUUUAAUCUAUAUUCUAAACCUAACCUACUUGACUGUUUAUUAGCUGAGAAAAUAAAGGGGCUCCUUAAACAUACAAAAGUAUUCUUUAAAAGUUUCUUUUACCUCUCCCCCAGAUUUCCUACAUCUCAAUCCAUCUACCUGAGGGGGUGUCAACUGUUGGGAUGUAUCCUUUCAUGACUUCUAUGAACAUAGGCAUGCAUGUAAAUUGUGGAGGUUUUAAAAAAUGGGAAUCGUUCUACAUACUCAGCGAUUCUUUUCAACAUGUAUAGGCCUUACCUGUAUUUGCCUAUUUAUUACAUUCCAUAUUAUCCUAUAAUGUAUUCAAUCAUUCUGUUGACAUUCAGAUUUUUUUCUUUGUCCCUAUAGACAAUGCUGUUUAAAUGUCAUUAAAUACCAUGUCUUUUUUUUUUAAUGUACGCUGGGGUUCUCCAAAGAGUAUGUGUGUUCUCACUUCUAGUGGCUGUUGCUAGACGACUUUCUCAAUGUCGUUAACAAUGUGCAAAAAUUCUUGUUUUCUCUGCAGUCUUGCCAAAACUAAAGGUAAUCAUCCUCUUCAAUUUCUGUGAAUUUGGCAAAAAAAUAUUCUACUUUGUUUGCUGUUCUAAUUUACACUUCUAAUGGCUACUUGAAUAAAUUUUUGUUGUCUACUAACAUCAAUAUGUAAGGU